CCCCUCGGUGGCUACGGAAGGCGAACGCUCUCAGCUUCCUUGGUCUCCUUUCACCAUGGCGCUGGCUGUCCUGCGGGUCCUGGAGCCCUUCCCCACUGAGACUCCUUCUCUGGCGGUGCUACUCCCGCCCGGGGGCCCGUGGCCUGCGGUGGGGCUGGGGCUGGUGCUGGCCCUGAGGCCUGCAGGGGAGAGCCCCGCAGGGCCGGCGUUGCUAGUGGCGGCCCUGGAGGGGCCGGGUGCAGGGACCGAAGAGAAAGGCCUUGGGCCCCCGCAGCUGCUUGUUAGCCGAGCGCUGCUGCGACUCCUUGCGCUGGACUCUGGGGCAUGGGUGCGGGCGCGGCCGGUGCGGCGGCCCCCGGCGCUAGGCUGGGCGCUGCUUGGCACCUCGCCGGGGCCCGGGCUCGGACAGCGGGUCGGGCCGCUGCUAGUGAGGCGCGGAGAGGCUUUGCCAGUCCCUGGGCCGCGGGUGCUGGAGACGCGGCCGGCUUUGCAAGGGCUGCUGGGCCCGGGUACGCGGCUGGCUGUGACGGAGCUCCGCGGGCGAGCCAGACUGGGCCUGGAUACUGGAGACAGCAGCCAGCCCCCACCCCCGCCCGUAGUGUCCUCCUUCGCGGCUUUGGGUGCAGUCCGGCUACUCCGGGGAGUUCUGGGAGGGACUGGAGACUCACUGGGGGUGAGCAAGAGAUGUCUCCGGGGCCUCGGCCUCUUCCAGGGCGAAUGGGUGUGGGUGGCCCGGAUCGGAGAGUCAUCGAACGCCAAGCCGCACUUGGCCACGGUGCAGGUCCUGGAGCCUCGCUGGGAUCUCUCUGAGAGGCUGGGACCCGGGUCUGGGCAGCUGGGAGAGCCCCUCGCUGAUGGACUGGCUCUCGUGCCUGCCACACUAGCUUUUAAUCUCGGCUGUGACCCUCUGGAAGUGGGAGAGCUCAGAAUUCAGAGAUACUUGGACAGCUCCAGUGCUUCUGAAGACAGAGGAAGCUGCUCAGUGCUUCCUGGGCCUCCGUUUGCCAGAGAGUUACACAUUGAAAUCGUGUCAUCUCCCCACUACAGCACUAAUGGAAAUUAUGACCACAUUCUUUAUCGGCACUUUCAGAUACCCAGGGUAGUCCAGGAAGGGGAUGUUCUGUGUGUGCCAACAAUUGGGCAAGUAGAGAUCCUGGAAGGAAGCCCAGAGAAACUGCCCAGGUGGCGGGAUAUGUUUUUUAAGGUGAAGAAAACAGUUGGAGAAGCCCCAGAAGAGCCAGCCAGUGCCUACUUGGCUGACACUACCCAUACCUCCUUGUACAUGGUGGGUGUUACCCUGAGCCCUGUUCCAGGGAUGCCUUCACAGGAACAUACUCUCUGGAGCAGCUUGUCACCCCCAGGCCUGGAGGCCUUGGUGUGUGAGCUCUGUGCGGCACUGAAGCCUCGCCUCCAGCCAGGGGGUGCCCUGCUGGCAGGAACUAGCAGUGUUCUUCUACGGGGCCCCCCAGGCAGUGGGAAAACCACAGCAGUUGCUGCUGCCUGCAACCGCCUCGGACUCCACUUAGUGAAGGUGCCCUGCUCCAGCCUCUGUGCAGACAGCAGCGGGGCUGUGGAGACCAAACUGCAGGCCACCUUCUCCCGGGCCCGACGCUGUCGACCCGCAGUCCUGCUGCUGACAGCUGUGGACCUUCUGGGCUGGGACCGUGAGGAGCUGGGUGAGGACACCCGUGUGGUGGCCACACUGCGUCACCUCCUCCUUGAUGAGGACCCUCUCACCAGCUGUCCUCCCCUGAUGGUUGUGGCCACCACGAGCCGGGCCCGGGACCUGCCUGCCGAUGUACAGACAGCAUUCCCUCAUGAGCUCGAGGUGCCGGCACUGUCAGAGGGGCAGCGGCUCAGCAUCCUGCAGGCUCUCACUGCCCACCUCCCCCUGGGCCAAGAGGUGAACCUGGUCCAGCUGGCACGGCGGUGUGCUGGCUUUGUGGUGGGGGAUCUGUAUGCCCUUCUGACCCAUAGCAGCCGUGCAGCCUGUGCCCGGAUCAAGAACUCAGGUUCGGCAGGCAGCUGGAGCGAGGAGGAUGAGGGGGAGCUGUGUGCAGCUGGCUUCCCCCUCCUGGCAGAGGACUUUGGGCAGGCCCUGGAGCAGCUGCAGGCAGCGCAUUCCCAAGCCGUUGGAGCCCCCAAGAUCCCCUCCGUGUCCUGGCAGGAUGUGGGCGGGCUGCAGGAGGUGAAAAAGGAGAUUCUGGAAACGAUCCAGCUCCCUCUGGAGCACCCCGAAUUGCUAAGCUUGGGCCUUAGGCGCUCGGGCCUCCUGCUCCAUGGGCCCCCUGGCACUGGCAAGACCCUCCUGGCCAAGGCUGUAGCCACUGAGUGCAGCCUUACCUUCCUCAGCGUGAAAGGACCAGAGCUCAUCAACAUGUACGUGGGCCAGAGUGAAGAGAAUGUUCGGGAAGUGUUUGCUAGGGCCAGGGCCGCGGCUCCAUGCAUUAUCUUUUUUGAUGAACUGGACUCCUUGGCCCCAAGCCGGGGGCGAAGUGGAGACUCUGGAGGAGUGAUGGACAGGGUGGUGUCUCAGCUCCUGGCUGAAUUGGAUGGGCUUCACAGCACUCAGGAUGUGUUUGUGAUUGGAGCUACCAACAGGCCAGACCUCCUGGACCCUGCUCUGCUGCGGCCUGGCAGAUUUGACAAGCUGGUGUUUGUGGGGGUGAGCGAGGACCGGGCCUCCCAGCUGCGGGUUCUGAGUGCCAUCACACGCAAAUUCAAGCUGGAGCCCUCUGUGAGCCUGGUGGAUGUGCUGGAUCGCUGCCCUCCCCAGCUGACAGGCGCUGACCUCUAUUCCCUCUGCUCUGACGCCAUGACAACUGCCCUCAAACGCAGGGUUCGGGACCUGGAGGAAGGGUUGGAGCCAGGGAGCCCAGCCCUGCUGCUCACCAUGGAGGAUCUGAUGCAGGCCGCCACAAGGCUGCAGCCCUCUAUCAGUGAGCAGGAACUGCUUCGGUACAAGCGCAUCCAGCGCAAGUUUGCCGCCUGCUAGGAGCCUCCUGCAGCCUGGAAUCCCACCCACAAUGGCUAAAGGUGCCUCAGUAUCCCAACAGAGACCUAAGAGGAAGGAAGGGGCUCUUCCUGCAGCUGCUGCCCAUCCAC